AAGCAGCGUAUAUACUGGCUUGGCGAUGCUGGACUCCCGGCGGCUAACAUAGAUUCCACCCUUUUCACCCAUCUUUUCUGUGCCUUCGCCGAUGUCAACCCCCAAACCUACGAAGUCACCAUUGCUAUCGAAAACCAUGGCCCUUUCUCAACCUUCAACCAAACUGUGCAAGAACGAAACCCUGGGGUUAAAACCCUUUUAUCAAUCGGUGGAGGAAACGCAACGCCUGCAACUUUUGCUGCGAUGGCUAGCAGUGCCAAGACUCGUACAGCAUUCAUAGAUUCCUCCAUACGCCUAGCCAGGUCUUCCAACUUCCUUGGCCUAGACCUCGACUGGGAGUACCCCCAGACGGAGGACGAAAUGAAAAACCUUGGGUCACUCCUCAAUGAAUGGCGAAAAGCCGUGCAAAUCGAGUCCGGCAGCACCAACAAUGCACCUUUGCUCCUAACCGCAGCGACCUAUUCCUCUUCAUCCCAUGAGGGACUGCUUUAUCCCAUUCAGGCUAUUUCAGACAGCUUGGACUGGAUCAACCUAAUGGCCUAUGACUUUUAUGCCCCCGGUUGGUCACGGGACGUGGCUGGACCACCUGCAGCACUUUACAAUACAGGAGAUCGCGAUCCACUAGCUUGCGGGGAUGUCGGCGUCCAAGCUUGGAUUGAUGAAGGUGUGCCAGCCCAAAAAUUAGUCCUCGGCCUUCCAUUUUAUGGCUACGCAUGGGAACUAGAAGAUCCUAAUAGCAAUGGACUAUUUGCACUAGCUAAUGGAGCGGCCAAUGGAGCCGGUAUAGAUCCCACAGAUGGGUCCAUAGAUUAUAACAAAAUCGUCAAUUUCAAAAACGGGUCCGGUGCGACAGGAUUUUUCGACGCCUCAUUUGUUACAGACUAUUGCCAUUCAGGGACGACUUGGAUUGGUUAUGAUGAUACGAAGAGCAUCACUAAUAAAGUUGAAUAUGCUGUGGGAAAGAAAUUGCUUGGUUACUUUGCAUGGCAUGUGGGCGGCGACAGGGAUUGGACUCUUUCUCGAACAGCUUCAAAUGCAUGGGGAGCGUAGGGAUUAAUAGAGACUUGGGAUUGGAUACAAAAGCUGGUAUUGUCAACAAUAUUUGGCCAAUAAUCGGAUGUGUAUGUUGUGCUAUUUAUAAUAUAGAAGUUUAAUUUGUAUUGUCAUAAUAAGGCCAAUUAUCACGUGUGUUAUUUGUAAUGUUAAGCUUGUAUUAUCUACAAUAUUAAUUAGGCCAAUAUCAGAUAUGUUGUGUUAUUUGUAAUAUAAAAGCUUGUAUUAUCAACAAUAAGGCCAAUAUUAAAUCGAGUGU